UUCUUCUGAUGUUUUGAUUUCAUUUUUGAGGUUAUCUUACAAUUCGUUUAAUUUAUAUUGUGAUUCAAUUUAAUAACAUAAUCACAAUAUAUUUAAUAUGACUUCUGCAUUAAUAAGUGCUAUCAAAAGACUCCACAUUUCUGUGGUGCCACAAGUCAGAGUAUAUUCAUCAAACGUCGCAGCUGCUGCAACAGCGAGCGCAAACAACUUGUCUAUUACUAAAAAGGACUGGGCUUUCCAACCUCAGUACACAAAACCUCGUGAAGUAUGGAUUGAGAACUUGGAUACAGUAGAAGAACAAAAAUUGGGGUUAUUUGAACUACAUCCUUUGGUGUUCGCGGCUCCUCCACGAAUCGACAUUAUAAACCAGAAUGUUGUCUGGCAAAGGAAGAUUAGGUUCGUAUCGUGGGCUCAUACGAAAACUAGGGCCGAAGUGCGAGGUGGAGGUAGGAAGCCAUGGCCACAGAAGGGUUUGGGUCGCGCUCGCCAUGGAUCAAUUCGUUCUCCAUUGUUCCGUGGUGGUGGUAUAGCGCACGGACCUCGCUCUGGUAAAACCCAUUUCUUUAUGCUACCCUUCCACCUCCGACUACAUGGCCUUACAACUACUUUGUCUGCUAAGUUGGCUCAAGAUGAUCUGCAUAUUGUAAAAGAUUUGGAACUGCCAACGGAUGACCCUGAGUAUCUAAAUGAACUAAUAGAAAAGAGGAACUGGGGACCUUCGGUGUUGCUGGUUGAUGACACCGACUUAGCACCUAGGAAUAUAAUAGCAGCAUCAGACACACUAGGUCAUAUAAACAUUAUGCCAGUAUACGGCCUGAAUGUGUAUUCCAUGUUAAAACAUGACACUCUGGUACUAACAUUGUCAGCGGCAGAAAAGAUUGAAGAACGACUUCUACAUUGGCUGCAUGCAAAUACAUUGAAAGAACAACAACCAUUCAAAUUGAAUCAGGUUUAAAUUUUGGAAAGGAGGCCAUUUAUUGGUGUAACUAUACUGGUCCAGACCAGGGACCCACAGCAAAAUUUAGUAAGCCUCUUUUUUAAAUAUAAAAUAGUUCAGAUAAGAAUCUAGGGGUCCUCCAAUUUACCACCCUGUAGUUUCACCACUGGUUGAAAUACUACCCAGAAGAUAAACAGUUUUAAUAAAUGAUUUAAAUACAUGGAAAUGUUAACAAUAUUUGUUUUCAACUAUUUGUAUGUUCGUCCUGUUUAAUAUGUCAGCAUUUAAAAAGCCAAUACUGAACUUGAAACUGAACACAUUUUUAUUUUAGUGCAUAAGUUAUUGUAUAUGUAUUAGAUGUAGUCAAAAAAUACGAAAAUUAAAAAAA